UUGUUGUACAUAACAAUGGAUGAAGGGUCGUUUUUUCCUUUAUAAAUGCCCACCUCGUAGCACUGCCUUGCUUCCAUUUUCUGCAUCUCUUCCAACUCAUUUUUAUAGAAACAAAGAAAAGUCACAGAGAAACCCACAACCCAAAAGCAAAAUAGCCUUCGUUUCUCUCCGCAAUUAGCAUCUCUAUCCCUCACUUUGUUUAUUUCCUCCCAAAGGAUCACGUAGUAGCUAGCAGCUGCCAUGGCAUACCCGAGCGAGUCCAGGGAGACUUCACCCCAGAGGAAAAUGGGUAGGGGGAAGAUCGAGAUCAAGCGGAUCGAAAACACCACAAAUCGCCAAGUCACUUUCUGCAAAAGGCGCAAUGGUUUGCUCAAGAAAGCCUAUGAAUUAUCUGUUCUUUGUGAUGCUGAGGUUGCUCUUAUCGUCUUCUCUAGCCGCGGCCGCCUCUAUGAGUAUGCCAACAAUAGUGUUAAAUCUACAAUUGAGAGGUACAAGAAGGCUUGCGCAGAUUCAUCCAGUACUGGAUCUGUUUCUGAAGCUAAUGCUCAGUACUAUCAGCAAGAAGCUGCCAAGCUGCGUGUGCAAAUUAGCAAUUUGCAGAAUUCAAACGGGAAUAUGCUGGGUGAGUCUCUAGGAGCCUUGAAUGUCAAAGAACUUAAGAGCUUGGAGAUAAGAUUAGAGAGAGGAAUUAGUAGAAUUCGGUCCAAAAAGAAUGAGUUGUUGUUCGCAGAGAUCGAGUAUAUGCAGAAAAGGGAAAUUGAUUUGCACAGCAAUAAUCAGCUUCUCCGAGCUAAGAUUGCGGAAAACGAAAGGAAGCAGCAGAACAUGAAUAUGAUGCCAGGAGGUGGUAACUAUGAGAUCACGCAAUCUCAGACAUUUGACAACAGGAACUAUUUUCAAGUGAAUGCAUUACAACCCACCAAUCAUUACCCGCACCAAGACCAGAUGGCCCUUCAGAUAGUCUAAUAUGCUUCCAGGGCAUCCUUUAGUUCUAUUUUUCUGUGGAGAGUAUCAGGUAUAUAUUUCAACUGCUGAGAGCUGAUAGUAUGCCCAAAUUUUCUAGCAGAAAUCAACUUUGCCCGAGUACUAGCCUUGUGUAAUCCCUAAAUAGUGGUAUCCCACCAUACACUAGCCUUGUGCAAUCCCACUUAAGACCUAUUAGUGUUGUUGUAAGAGAAAGAUUUCUUUUCUGGAUGUUUUUCUAUGGCUAGUUUCAUUUACUUGCAUACUUCUCGUCUCUUGUGCACCUUCUAGUUGUAAUAUUAGUUCAUUUAUGGAAUCUACAAUUUGUGGCA